AUGGGCCACGCCUGGGAUACCUACGUCUCCUUGAAGAAUCAAAUGGCGAGCGUCAGCGUGAACAUCGCUCAACUGGAGAUGACCAUGGAGCAGCCAGCUAUGAAAGUUCUCGUUUCCGACAAGUCUGGUCGCGUCAUGGAGCGCCCAUUUAAGGACCUGGACUACGUCAACGACAGCUGGGUCAACAAGUCGGACAAGGAGCACAAGGCGCUCAAGUGUGAGAACCGGGAGCUGAACCAAAUUUACCAUGCCUUUCAGAAGGUCAACCGCAACCUGGAGGACGAACGCGAGGCGCGCCGCGACGAGGCCCCACCGGAGCAGAUUGAGGAGUUGGAGAAGGCAACUAACGACACCAUCACCGAGGGUGAGAGCUUGCUCACGGACCUGAACACGCGGCUGUGUAAGGCUAUGUUGGUGGGUUGGGAAACCGUUGAGUUGUUGGACCUCCCUGACUGCUGCAAGUCCGAGGAGGAGCGUAGCAAGCUGUUGUCCGUGGACAAGUGUGUUGCUGCUGAGAAGGAGUGUGAGUGCAGGGGUAACAAGCCCUCGGCACAGAAGCAGUUCAGUGCGGGUUUCCGUCAGCGCCAGUUCGUGGCGCCCUCGCCCGGCUUCGGCCAGGUGCAGGUCGGGUUCGGGUCCAUGCAGGGCGCAAUGCUACCGCACCAGGCGCUGCCUUUCACACCGGGGCUGCAGUUUGGGGGCAUGGCCCCGAUGGGUCAGGGCGGCGGCAAGCCGCCACAGGCCCUGAAGCCGACGGAUCAGUGCCAUAGGUGCAAGCAGUUUGGGCACUUUGUGAACAUGUGCUCGAACCCACCUGCGCCACGAGACGUAGACCCCCUCGAGGGGGGAGUGUCGGACUGUCGAAGGCCCGAUUGGGCCGAGUCCCACGAGGGUGGUGACAUCAUUCAAGGUGCCGGGCCGCCUGCCGCGUCUGGCAACAUCAAUGUGAACGCCAACUGGUGGCUGUCGGUCUGCUCCAGCUCGUGGACCAAGCAGUGGGUGCAGCAGGGUUUUCUGUUGUGGUGGAAACAGGCAGGCGUCACACCGCCACCGAGGGUCACCGAGGGUCAAAUCACCAAGGGGUGCUGGAGCAGCAGGCCUUUGUUACCGAAUCCGUCGCAGCACUUCUGGCAGCAGGAGCUGUGCGGCAGGUACCCAAGCUUGACUCACGUCUAUAAGCGGUAA